GAAAACAAACCAAAAAACUGCUUCGGUUAAGAGCCUUUGCUUUUGCACUGCCGCCGAUGUCUUCAUCUUUCGCACCCACAUCGAUCUCACUUUCAUGUUUGCCUUGCGGUUGUUGUUCUGUCAUUUCACCCCAUUUCUUCACACCCACUUUCACUUUCCAUUGCCAGUGCUCCAAUGCACAAGCUUUCGCACUCAAAUCUCUAUUGUCAGUGUUGCAGUGGUCGCUCCAACCUCGAAUCCUUCCAUAUUUCAUUUCCUUGUAAUUCAGUUUUUAUAAUUUAUAUCUAAUUUCCUGUGUAGAAAUUGUCUUACCAACUUGAUAUAUAGUUAGAAGAGUUCAGUACUAGCAACAUGUAGGUAAGGACACAAAGAUAUAGCAUAGAAGAUUUAUUACACUAUAGCACUAGAACAAAGUCAUUGCCUAUAAUAUUAAAACCAUGUUUUUUUUUGUUAAAAUGUGAGAGAUUCCUGUAAUAAGGAAAACAACCUUCACGUUUGAGUUCUCUAGUAAAACUGACUUUAUUUUUCUAAGUCUUCGCUUACGCAACUAACAUGAAAUUAUCUAUGGUCUACGCAGAGACCACAUCUGUUUGCCUGAGAGGGAGCCUUUUUGUGCAGUGUGGGAACUAUAUAUUUGGUCAGGCUCAAGUGGGCUGUACUUAAGAUUACUCUUGUCACUCCACACUUGUAGGUUUUAAGUUACACAUUGUUAUUUACGGCUUUAUAUAAUAGAUAUAUAUAUUGAUAGAACCAGAGCUCGUAUAAUCUUAUAUUUGAGUGUUCCUUCUUUAACAAAAAAUAAAUUUAAAAGUAUUCCUAAACUGAAUAGAUUGUUGCUGUACCAAGUGGUUUUUAAAUUAAGUGUUAUGAGUUUUGAAAUAUAUUCCAUAAAUGUGUGUGUUCUAAUAUACAGACAUACGUAUAUUAGAGCAAGUAUAUGAAAUGUAUAUAUGUACUCACGUAUUUUAGAUAUUUUACAUAUAUGAAAUAUAAAUCAUUCAAAUUUAAGUACCGAUACACUAAACAAAAUACUUAACAAUCUUUUCUGUUAUAAAUGUACAAAAAUACAACUCACUUCUUAUUGAACAAAGAUCGCAUAGGAUGUUAAUAUUAGAUAUUUGUUCUCAGUUUAAUUUUCUAAAUUUAGAGAUAACACAGGGCCCCUAAAAAUGCUUAUAUUGCCUCAUAUACGCAACAUAUUAAAUACAAAAAGUAUACUAGUAAAAUAAUUGGUCCUUAAUAAUAAUUGAGUAAUGAUAUGAUAUAAUUUGAUUUUCAUAUAUUUUCAACAGAUAAAUUUAAAAGAAACUUAGAGAUUGUUUUGCGAUAUGAAUAAGAAAGUUUAAACAGAGUAGCAUUAAAACCAUAGUCCUUGAAUGGAAAAUUAUAAGGUUUCGAGCUAUCGAGCGACCACUGUACACACAAACGCACACACUCGUCACGUAUAUGAUUCAAAUGCUGCUGUAGCAAUAUUCUGCACUUGAUAACGUUCUUGCUGCCUUCUUUCACGCUCUCCUUUGUUUGUUUAUAUUUCUCUAUUUCAUAUAGUUUGCUUGCGGGAUUGGGUAUGAACACUUUAUGUGAAUUUUGUAUAUUGUAAUAUAAUAUUUAAGUCAGGCACUUUGGAGCUGAUCGAAGCCAGAACAGCUGAGAAAUCAGCGCCUGCAGAGCGGUCGGUUCCAGAUCGGGCACCAAAUCACAAUUGCCUCUCGGCCUCGUCGGUUGUGUUGGUGUCGCUCUCAUCCAUCCAUCUAUCCAACCACCCAUCUGUCCAAGAUGCUGAACUGCUGCCUCCUGCUCGGACUGCGCUUCGGAGAUAAGCGGGAGGAGGAGUCCGCCACGACGUACCGGCGCUUCGACGAUGGCAAACGGAGCGUGGACUUCGUGCUGGCGUACAAUGGCGAGGACCAGCUGGAGGAGCACAGGCGCAAGUGCGAGAUCUUCGAGGCGAAUCUGCAGCGGGAGGGCCUGCAGCUGGAGCACAACAAGGUGCAGCGGGUGCACUUCAUCAAGAUCCAUGCGCCGGACGAGGUGUUGUAUCGCUAUGCGGAAAUACUCAAGAUAAAGGUGCCGCUCAAGCCCAUUCCGGGUCAGGACCAAAUCUUCGCCGAGUCGGCGCACGAGUUUAAGACAUGCCUCAGUCGCAUGUGCCGCAGCCUCUUCAGUUCGGUGCAACUCAAUACGGCCCUCUUCCCGGAACGCGAACCGCGCAUCCACCUCGAGUUCUCCCGCAACUACCUGGAACUGUACGACACGGAGCACCCGAACUUCCUCGACGCCGGCACCCGCUACUCCAUCAUCAACUUCAUUCUGCAGCGCCAGCACUUCGUCGAGGGCGAGGAGACGGCUGACAAUCUGGGCAUCGAGAAGCUCGUCCAGGAUGGCGUCUAUACCUGCGCCUACACCCUGCACGAUAAAGACGAUCGCGAUCGUCUGCUCAAGGAGUGGGCCAACAUAUCCAAGUGGAAGAACCUGCAACCACUGGACCAAAUUAAAGACUACUUUGGUGCGAAGGUGGCGCUAUACUUCGCUUGGCUGGGCUUCUACACCCAAAUGCUGAUCCCCAUUAGCAUUUUCGGCCUACUCUGUUUCCUGUACGGAUUCAUUACGUGGGGCAGCGAUCCGAUUAGCCGGGACAUCUGCGACGACAACGGGACGAUCAUGUGUCCGCAGUGCGACCGCAGCUGUGACUAUUGGCGGCUGAACGAGACGUGUACUUCCUCCAAGUUCAACUAUCUGAUAGACAACAACAUGACGGUGGUGUUCGCCCUGUCGAUGGCCAUUUGGGCUGUGGUGUACCUUGAGUUCUGGAAGCGCUACUCGGCGGGACUGGUGCACCGUUGGGGACUGACUGGCUUUACCCACCACGUGGAGCACCCGCGUCCGCAAUACUUGGCCAAAAUAUCGCGCUCCAGAAGGCUGGCCGGCAAGGCAUAUGAGCAGGACCAGACUGGAAAGCGGACCACCUUGGAUCCGGAUGUGCCCUUCUGGAGUACCAAGUUCCUGCCCAACUUCACUAGUUAUAGCAUCAUGGUAUUGUUUAUUUGCAUAUCAGUCAUUGCGAUAGCGGGAAUAAUCAUAUACAGAAUGGCACAGCGAGCCUCGCACAGCAUUCUGGGCAGCGAGAAUUCCAUGACAUUUAAGGUGAUGAUCCUGCCCAUGACGGCGGGCAUCAUAGAUCUCAUGGUGAUCUCGCUGCUGGACAUGGUCUACUCAAGCCUGGCAGUGAAGCUUACCAACUACGAGUACUGUCGCACCCAGACGGAGUACGACGAGAGCCUAACUAUCAAAAACUAUGUGUUCCAGUUCGUCAAUUACUACUCUUCGCUCUUCUACAUCGCCUUUCUCAAGGGCAAGUUCGUCGGCUAUCCAGCCAAAUACAAUCGCGUGCUGGGCUUUCGCCAGGAGGAGUGCAAUCCUGGCGGCUGCCUUAUGGAGCUCUGCAUGCAACUGGUGAUCAUCAUGGCCGGCAAGCAGGCGGUCAACGCCAUCGUGGAGAUGCUCAUCCCCUACCUGAAGCGCACCAUCAAGGAGCUUAGCUACCGCCACGGCUGGUACAAGAGCCACCAGGACCAGCGCCUGGUGCCCUACAACCAGUUCACCGAGGACUAUAAUCUACUGCCCGCCGAGAAUAAUUCGCUCUACGUGGAAUACCUCGAAAUGGUUGUGCAAUUCGGCUUCAUCACCCUGUUCAGUUUGGCCUUCCCAUUGGCGCCGCUGCUGGCCCUGCUGAACAAUGUGCUGGAGGUGCGCCUGGACGCCAUCAAGAUGCUGCGCUUCCUGCGACGGCCAGUGGGAAUGCGAGCCCGCGACAUUGGAGUUUGGCACAGCAUCAUGACCGUCGUCACCCGGAUAGCCGUGGCCUCGAGUGCAAUGAUAAUUGCAUUUAGCACUAACCUCAUACCCAAAAUCGUGUAUGCCGCCUCAAUGGGCGAUCACGAGCUGAACAACUACCUGAACUUCACGCUGGCUGUGUUCAACACCGAGGACUUCCAGGUGCAGCCGCUGCUGGGGGGCAGUCAGCAUGGGAACGAGACGGUGUGCCGCUACACAGAGUUCCGGAACCCGCCGACAGAUCCCCAUCCCUACAAACGCCCCAUGAUUUAUUGGAAGAUACUGACGGGUCGGCUGGCCUUCAUCGUCAUCUACCAGAACAUCAUCACCAUGCUGCAGGGCAUCCUGCGCUGGGCGGUUCCGGAUGUGUCGGGACGCCUGCUGAAGCGCAUCAAGCGGGAGAACUUCCUGCUGCGGGAGCACAUCAUCGAGUACGAGAAGCAGCACGCCAUGAAGAUGGCGCAGACGGAAGUGGGCGGUCUGUCGAAGGCGGAUAGUGGGCCGCGCCAGCCCCAAAGUGAGACCUUGACCCGCAGGAACAAUGACGCCACGUCCUUUGUGUAAGGAUCGGCGAACGGGAGCUGCAUGUUCAUCAGAUCAUUCCUUGGUUUCUCCAGUAACACAUAGUUAGCUUGUGAACUUUUGUAUAUACCGACACGCGAAUAUCUAGGGAUUGUGUAUCGUUAUCGCAUGGAAGUUAUGCUUCGUACUUAAGAUGAUUUUUGUACUGUGUUUGCAUUGGAAAUGCUCAACGAAUGGGGAUGUCGAAACCCCGGUCAAGCAAUUGCAUUUUUAUAUACACACACACACGAAUAAGGUUUUAUAUUGUUACUUGAUUUUCCAAACGGAUCGAGUUGGAUAUGUUGUAUAUUGUAUAAAAGAUUCACGCAACUCCCGGAAGGAGCCAAGAGAAUUGAAUCAUCAUCCCGUAGGAUCACAGUGAGGCCAAGUCGCUUUAGCAGCACACAAAUAUACAAAUAUUUUUACAUUAUAUACACGUCCAAAGUGCAUUAACAACGAGUAUUUAUAAUUUAAAACGAAAUCGUUGGUAGCUAUAUAUUUCCACAUACCCAGGAUGGAUAUGGAUCAUAAACAAUACGAAUUAUACACCACAAAAUGUGUGCAAGUUAAAUAUGCUAACACUAACACUAAGAAACAAUCCAAUGUACCUAACAAUGUUACCCACAACCGAAAAGCGAACUCAGACAUAUGGUUCAUCCUCUCCCUCUAAUCCAUUGUUUUUAUUGUUGAUUAUUGCCAAGCGAGAGCAUUGCACAUUUCGCAAUAUUUUGUAGAACUCUAAAUGCUACUUACCAGUACGUACACCUAUAGUGAAUUGUUGUUUUGAUAAACAUAUUUAUACGAUAACAAUAACAACUACGAUUACGAUAGAGAUUAAGCCAGAAACGAAUUGUGUUGUGUGCUGGUCUGCAUGUGAAUUAAAACAAAAAAAUAAAAAUGGGUUUAACUCCAUUAAUGUUAACAGUGA